GCUGUUUAUAGGAUCCUCUGCGCUGCGCGUACAGUCACAGGGCGCACUGAUCCCCGCUGCCUGCACGAGCUGCUUUAUAAAGAGCUAAAUUUACCGAACUUUACGUUGUUUCCUGAGCGCUCACAAUUGGCCAGGCGCGCUCCAGCGACAGACUUAUAAGUUUGCGGGACCUCCUACCACUCUUAAACCUGGUUCAUGUCUUCGGAGCGCAGCUGCGGCGAAGCCACUGUGAAAUAGGCGCACGGACUCUGGCGCGGCUGCCGCUGAACGCGAGGCAACUUUGACGAGAGAAUUUGUUUUGUUUUUUUUUUUUUUAUUUCACCGAGCGAUGGCCUUAACCGGAGUGAUGCUGCCGUCGUUUUCGACAUUCUCAAACCAAAGAGAGAAAACCUGGGAAAACAGGUGGAAAGGCGAUAACUGCUCCAUGCUUGAAAUGGUACACAACCUGGACAAUCACGGCAAAAAGGACGACGAGGAUCUGAGUAAUUUCUUGGAUCUGGAUUUUAUUCUCGCCAACACAACGUGCUCAGACAACGCUCCGGAAUACGGGGGCGCGGUGGACGCCAGCAUGUACCCAGCGGGCAGCUCCGUGCCGUACGCGGCAGACGACCACCGCUCCCCGCCGCCCCCGUACGGCGCCAGCCUCAUGACCGAGCUGCUCCGCUCCGAGGGCACCGGCGGCUACGGCGUCGCGCGCAGCCCCGGCGUCCAGGGGCGGUUUUACGUCCACUCUGCGCCCUUUCCCCGCACGGAGAACAUCAAAGUGGAGCCGUCCAUGGACAGUUACGGACCCGUUAUGGGGAUGGUGCCGCAGAGCUGCAGCAAAAUCAAGCAGGAGGGCAACGUUUCGUGCAUGAUGUCCUUCGAGCAGCCGCGGGUGGCGAUCUCUCCGCGGGCGGCCAGCAGCAUGACGCCGCCGCUCAGCCCCGAUGACCAGGGCGCGCUGGACUGCCAGGCGCAGCUGUGUGCGCCGAUGAGCUUCCCGCAGAAGUACCACGCGCCGGCGGCGUUCCCGCACCACCCGCCGGCCCCGCACAUGCAGAUGCCCUACCACGCACCGCACGGCGCCUUCGGCAUGUAUGACGAGGGGCUCGGCCUGCAGCCGGGCGCGCAGAGGGUGAUGCUCACCCCCCCCUCCUCCCCGCUGGAGCUGCUCGAGUCCAAGCCCAAGAGGGGGCGGCGCACGUGGCCCCGGAAGCGCACCGCGACGCACACCUGCACCUUCGCCGGCUGCGGGAAGACGUACACCAAGAGCUCCCACCUGAAGGCGCACCUGAGGACUCACACCGGUGAGAAGCCGUACCACUGCAGCUGGGAGGGCUGCGGCUGGAAGUUCGCCCGCUCCGACGAGCUGACCCGUCACUUCCGCAAACACACGGGCCACCGGCCGUUCCAGUGCCACCUGUGCGAGCGCGCCUUCUCCAGGUCGGACCACCUGGCGCUCCACAUGAAGAGACACAUGUGAAGAAGUCACACAUGAACUGGGGGAUCGAGGGGGGGUGUUAUUUUUAUAGUGAUUCAACUGAUGUAUUUUUUAUUUAAAUUGUUCACCACAUGACCAAAGUCUUUUUAUAUAAUAUUGAUUUUAAAAGUUUGUGUUAUUAUUUUUAAUAACGUAGCUGGUACUACUUUGGUUGUAGGAAAGCUUUAGAAAAGCUUGUUUGCUCUCGAGCAGGCGGACCAAGAAGGGGCUGGCCCUGUACAUACUACUCUUCCUCGACAGAACUGGAAUGCGGUGUUUGACACAAGUGCCUUUUUUAUCACUGUAAAACUGUUCGUGACAGAACGACAUGGCCACAUAAUCCUUAAUCCUUAAUUAUAGGACUCAAGUGCACAUACGGUUCCCUGACAUGUGCAAGACAAUGUUUUUCAAACUGCCUCAGUGUCUGGACGGCCUGUUUUAUUUUAUUGCUUUCUCUAUUUGGAGUUAUGCUCGUUUCUUCUGGUGUGAAACUUUUGGAUCCAACCCCUCUGUACAUUAUCAGGGCUUGACGUCCUGUGUAUUAUUUUUUACUUAAAUUUAUAUAAAUAUGUACAUGGAUUUUAUACUGUAAAAUGUAUUUAUUGUAAAUAUUAAAACAAUGACACGGA